GUCCCUGCGGUGUGCACCGACCACCCGUGUUCUGAACUGCCCCUGCUGUGUGCAUCUGACCACCCGUGUUCUGAACUGUCCCUGCUGUGUGCACCAAACACCCGUGUUUUGAACUGUCCCUGCUGUGUGCACCGACCACCUGUGUUUUGAACUGCCCCUGCUGUGUGCACAGACCACCCGUGUUCUGAACUCUCCCUAGUGUGCACACCGACCCCCCCCCCCUGUGACCCCGAUGGGUAGGUUGCCCGCCUGUUGCCUGAGACUCCAAUCUGCUGUGCAGUCACGGAGGGAGCUCAG